GGCCCGCUUCCUCCUCCCGGGUCGGGCGGGCGGUGCCGUCGGCCCAGCCUUCUGCCCGGCGCCCCGCGGGCAGCCCCGGGCCGCUGCGCCAUGUCCGCCAACUGGUUCCGGCGCCGCUUCCUGCCGGGGGGUCCGCUCCCCGCGCCGCGGCCGCCCCGGCCCCGCGCCAGCCCCGUGCCCUACCGGCGGCCCCGCUUCCUGCGCGGCUCAGGCUCCAGCCCCGGCACCGCCGACGCCUCGUGCCGCCCGGACGCCCGGCCAGUGCGCAGCCCGGUGCGGGGCCGCGCGCUGCCCUGGAACGCAGGCUACGCCGAGAUCAUCAAUGCAGAGAAAUCUGAAUUCAAUGAGGAUCAGGCGGCCUGUGGGAAGCUGUGCAUCCGGAGAUUUGAGUUUGGGGUUGAAGAGGACCAGGAAUGGCUGACCUUGUGCCCAGAGGAGUUCCUGACAGGUCAUUACUGGGCACUGUUUGAUGGUCACGGUGGUCCAGCUGCAGCUAUCCUGGCUGCCAACACCCUGCACUCCUGCCUACGCCGGCAGCUGGAGGCCGUGGUAGAGGGCAUGGUGGCCACUCAGCCCCCCAUGCACCUCAGUGGCCACUGCAUCCGCCCUAGUGACCCCCAGUUUGUGGAAGAAAAGGGCAUUAGGGCAGAAGACUUGGUGGUCGGGGCUCUGGAGAGUGCCUUCCAGGAGUGUGAUGAGGUGAUUGGGCGAGAGCUGGAGGCCUCAGGCCAGGUGGGUGGCUGCACAGCCCUGGUGGCUGUGACCCUGCAAGGAAAGCUGUAUGUGGCCAAUGCUGGGGAUAGCAGGGCCAUCUUGGUGCGGAGGGAUGAGGUACGGCCCCUGAGCUCUGAGUUCACCCCGGAGACUGAGCGGCAGCGGCUCCAGCAGCUGGCCUUUCUCUACCCUGAGCUUCUGGCUGGUGAGUUCACCAGACUGGAGUUCCCUCGGCGACUGAAGGGGGAUGACUUGGGGCAGAAGGUUUUGUUCAGGGAUCACCACAUGAGCGGCUGGAGCUACAAGUGCGUGGAGCAGUCGGAUCUCAAGUACCCACUGAUUCAUGGACAGGGUAGGCAGGCUCGGUUACUGGGAACACUGGCUGUCUCCCGGGGCCUAGGAGACCAUCAGCUCAAAGUCCUGGACACAAAUAUUCAGCUCAAGCCCUUCUUGCUCUCUGUCCCACAGGUGACUGUGCUGGAUAUGGACCAGCUGGAGCCGCAGGAAGAGGAUGUAGUUGUCAUGGCGACUGAUGGGCUCUGGGAUGUCCUGUCCAGUGAGCAGGUGGCACGGCUGGUGCGGAGCUUCCUCCCUGGCAACCGAGAGGACCCACACAGGUUCUCGGAGCUGGCCCAAAUGCUGAUACACAGCACACAGGGGAAGGACGACAGUCCCACACAGGAAGGGCAGGUGUCCUACGACGACGUCUCUGUGUUCGUGAUUCCCUUGCACAACCAGGGCCAAGGGCGCAGCAGCCACUGAGGAUUCAAACAUCACAUCCCAGAACCACUUACGGGCCAGGUGCAUUGUGAGCGUCCACCAUGGUCAACAGCAGGUCUGCCUGCCCCACCCCCAGACCCAGCCCUGACCCCCCAACCCACUUCAAGGGAAGCAUUUCUACAAGGUAGUCAGAACUGGAAGAACGCAGGGAGUCCAGCUCCCCAGGUCCCCCUUUGGCAGGCAGGGAAAGAGCGCUAAUAUCAAUAAUGUCUGGCAGAGUCACUUUACAACUUAGGAAUCCAUGUAAGCCUCCUCAGAUAGGAUCCUUAACAGCCCACUAUAUUAUUCCCAGAUGGGGACAGCUGGACUAAGGGCAUUGUCCAAGGAUGCCAGGAAGGGCAGACAGCCUGUGCUUGGAUCCAGGUCUCUAAUGCAUGAAUGUUAGAUUGUCUACUCAAACAACCCCCCAAAGCCCAUGCAGUGUCUUAUGGGAAGCCUCGUAUCUGCUAAACAGCCAUCUUGAAGCAGCCCUUGGAGAGAGACCAGUUCAGGUCCUACCCUGCUCCCCUCUGUGCUGGAGGAGAGGCACAGGCCCAGGGGCUAAAGUUGGGGGAGAACUAAGGGCCAAGAAGGAGCCCCAGAGUUGGCUGAGUAGUGAAUGCCCCGAUUACUGCUGCUGCCUCUAGCCCAGUCUCCCGAUUGCUCCUCUCUGGCUCCAGCCCUGCCCUAGGCUGAUGCCUCAACAACACCGUUUUGUUGUUCCCCAUCACCUUCCUAUUAAAUGUUUGUGUGCAGAAGAA